UUUGGAGCCCUGUGAGCCCGGACAAGCCCUCCACCCCUCUGAGCCUCAGUGUCCCUCUCCGUCCAUGCCUAGCGACCAGCAGAUACAGACGCCACACCAGACAGGGCCCGCCCUUAUUCAGGCCGCAAGCAUUGAUUAGGCUCCUACUGUAUGCCAGGCUGAGUGCUAGACUCGGUUAGGGGAAGCAGGUCCUGCCCUCAGGGGGCUUCCUUUCUCUGCGUGUUUCUGGGGGUGUCCGCCCAGGAGGUUCCCCUGGGAGUGGCAGGGGCUGGUGGGCUCUGAGGAGAUGCUUCUGGAGCAGCUGGGGGUGGCCAUGGUCAAGGCCAUCGAGGGCACCGCCAAGAUCCAGGUCCAUGUGGCCUCCUCUCUCCCUCUGCCCACGGACAGGGAAUGCCUCCGGCCCCGCAUCGACCUCAUUGUCUUUGUGCUCAGCCUCCACAGCAAACAGAGCCUGAGGACCGUGGAGUCAUCACUGCCUCAUGUGGAUGCCAGCUUCUUCUUGGGGAAGGUGUAUUUCCUGGUCACUGGAGUCAGAAAAGAACAAAGCAUCAGUGUCCACAUGGACACCAUCAAGAAAAUGGCCACCACCUGCCAGAGCCCUCUUCUCUUCAGUGACCUGGAGGAAGAAUGCUUCCGGACGGCCAUGGCCCAGCGCCUUAUUCGAAUUCUGCAGAUCUGCGCGGGCCACGUGCCCGGUAUGUCGGCCCUGAACCUGCUGUCCAUAAUGAAGAGGUCGCCAGAGCUGUUGGAGCAGGAGACGUGAGGGAGGCCUCUGUCUAGACCCGGUGGCCAGUGACCAGUCCGGUGCCCUGCUGCAGGUGCUGCUGUGGGGACAGGGGACCUGGGAAUCUGCCCCCUUCCCUGGGCCAUCUUGGGUGUUGUGACGAUGAGAAAUUAGGCUUAAUUAAAAAUGAAUGGGGGAAAACCCAGCUCUUUCCUGAUCCCCUACUUAUUUCCCUGACUGAAAAAACCAGAACCAAACCCUCACAUUCUGUAUGGCGGCAGACCUGAUAGUGGAACAUGGAGCCCAAAAAAGUGCCUUCAUCUUCUGUUCAAAAAAGAGUGAGAUGUAAGCCUUGUAGGGCUGGGCCAGGCCUGGGCUCUGAGGGGGCCUGAAGCAGAGAAGCGUGGGGGGGCCUGCACCAGGCCUAGAAGUCCCCCGCUCAAGCUUGCAGAGAAUGGACAUAGUCACAACCUCAAGAGCUAGGGCGAGGACUGAUUGUCAAGCUCCGAAUGGAGAGAAGUCCAGAAAGCAUCUCGGACUGGCUGGACCCCUGGGGCGUCACAUGUUGAAUGUUAUACGGACUACAGUGGUUGGUGUAAUUACAGAGAAUUGUUAAUACUGACCGUAAUAUGGAUUGUCAUCAUGACAAGGUCAGAGCUCCUGUAACGUCCUUACAUCCUGACCUUUACGAUAAACCGAGCCACACUCCAGGCCCCCCACCCAGGGAUGUUCCCUUGUGGGGAGCUGGGGUGACGCUGGAUCUCAACUUCUUGUGUCCUUGCCCCCUCCCAUUGGGAUUCAUGGCAUGAAGGACAAACCAACCAGAAAGAAGUGGCUUCCCUUGCCUGGAUUGCAAGGGCCGCUGGGGCCUCACAGCCCGGCCUUGCUACCUCCCCUGCCUCCUCCCCCUCUCCUCCUAAAGCUAUAAACAUAUUUUCAUGGGUCUCUUUGGUUUGGACAUCCUCCUGGGGGGCAGGUCUGCUACCCUGUUAUCUCAA